UUCAAGUCGGGGAUACAAAAUGAAUUUUAAAAAGUCAAAUAUAUAAAUAUCAUUCACAUUCAGCCAAUAUCGGAUGCUGUUACAACUAUCCUUGUAUAUUUUUCCACACUCUCUUCUUUUGCAAUCUCUUUCUCUCUCACACACAACCGCACGCAAACACAAACUGAGUGAGUGAUGGAUGUGAUCUUCCAACCAAGUCGAGGCAGCCCUUUCUACAUUGAGGUGGGCUACUUCGACACAAUGCUGGAGAUCAAGGAGAAGAUCCAGAAGGAUCAGGGCAUCCCCAUCUCCAAACAAACCCUAAUUUUCAAUGGCAAUAUCCUCCAAGAUGAGUUGAAUGUCCACAACUCUGAGAUCCUUGAUCGGUCUCGCAUCCAUCUACUGGUGCCUUCCGACGCUGGCAGCCAACCGACCAAGAUGGAUGAGCUUUCACCCUCGAAGAUCCAGCUCCUCCUCAAAAUGCCGUCAUCAAAGCUCGGCAUCGCUCUUGAAAUGGAUGUCAACGAAACAAUUCGAAGGCUCAAGGAAAAAAUCCACGAAAUGGAAGGAGUACCGAUCAACCGAUUGGCCGUCCAUGCAAAUGGAAUCGAAUUGCAUGAUCAUAAAUCCAUGCAGGACUGCGAGCUGUCAGAUAACUCAGAAAUAGAUAUAGUUGUUCGGUCCUCUCCUGUCCCCACUACGUCGCGAUCGUCUGGGAACAUGAACAACGGAUCGAGGAAGUUGAGGAUCGUCGUUCUUACCAAAUGUGGUACUGAAAAAAUUCCGGUCGAGGUGAAUUCCUCGGACAACGUGGGGGAACUGAAGAGGAAGCUGCGGAAGCUGAAACUGAAUCUUCCACAAGAAGGGUAUUUUUUCAUUUACAAACAAAAUGUAAUGGAUGACGAUCGAUCUUUCAGAUGGCACCAUGUUUGUCAAGGAGAUACCAUUGAGAUUUUUGGUGGGAGUGUUUCUGGUGGAUCAUGAUCAUUUAAAAUUUAAUAAUCACGAUAGAUAAUUGAAAAUCCAUAAAAGAUCAACUUAAUUUGGUGCUAUUUUCAGGUAAUAGAGCGUUUAGGGUAUUAAUACCAUUUCUUCUUCUUCACUAGUAAUUCUUGUUAUCAAUUCAAGUUGUUCUUGGCAUUAGAAUAACUAGUCAUGUGUUGUAGGUAGUGACCAAUUAGGACUCUCACUCUUCCGUAGAAUCAUAGUUUUUGUUAGAAAAUUUGUUAACUUGGAUAUUUCUCAA